AUGGCUGCUAAGAGUUUUCUACAGAUGAAUCAGUUGCAGUUUAAUUUGAAUGCUCCACCAAGUGCCAAUAACCUUAUUUAUAAACAGAGAAAACCUGAACCAAUAAUGAUAGAACGCCUUGGACAAUCCAAAUCUAAACGUGAGAAUUUCUCUCCUACUUCUCUUCCGUUAAACUCUUCAAUGCAAUUUUCUGUGUUAUCAGAGGAUAAACUAAGUGCUGCAGUCUUGUUAGCUAGACGAGAUUUUAGAAAUCAGAAAAGGGCUGAGGAAAUGAGAGCUUAUCAGCCUAAAAGUCCACAGCAAACUAGAGGUCGACCUACAACAAAAGGAAUGAACUCAAAAGUCAGUCAACCUGCUAAUAAGAAAACAGUGGCUGGGAAAACAACAAUAAAGUUUAAAGAUGAGGUGAAGAAUGUACACAGAUCAGUUCCUCAACCUGUUCCAAUACCUAGAGUGAAUCCUGUUAAUUUACCAGUCACGACAAACAGUCCACCGACAAGAGAUACAGAUAGAUAUCCUAUACACAAAGUACAUAUAGCUGGUACAGAAGGGCAAGAUGAAAUAUCUAGAAUGCAGAAAGAAUUGGAAUCAUAUUUAAAUCAAAUUAAAACUAUAGAAGAAAAGGCUAUAACAGAAGAAGGUACAGAGUUUUUAAGGAAGAGAAGAGGAAGAAGUAAAGAUGGUUAUUUAUCAGAUGAAGAAGAUCUGAAUAGAAAGGCUGUUAGAUCAGAAGAACAAACUGUUAGAACAGCUAGAAAUCUAUAUAACUUACGACAACAAGUUAAACAAAUACAGAAAGAUUUCUUACAGCUUGGUUCUAAUGAUAUCAAACAGACUAAAAAGAGUCAAGCUAUAUCCAAGCUAACUGCAGCUCAUCGUGGUGCUUUGAGAUCAAUGCAAGCCUUCGUUCAUCAACUACCUCAUCAAGAUUUUCAGACUGGUUUACCAUCAUCGUAUAGAGAACUAGCUUUAUUAAUACGGCAGUUAACAAUGUUAACAACACAGAUACAGAGAGGCAAUGAUAGUUCUGUUAAUAAUCAACUUAUUGCCAUCCUAGAUAAAGUAGAUGAAUUGAAUGAUAUAUGGCGAAGUGAUAUGAAAACUCACAAUUCAUCUAAACAGCAUCAUAACACAUCUGUUAGACCACCAUUUGUAUUAGAUUUUAAACAAGAUAAACCAGCUCAAUUACAUCAGAAAUUCUAUGGAAAAGAAAACAAAAUGAAAGAAGUAGUAAAGAGACCAGUAAGAAAUGAAGUUGGUAUUAGAAAACCUGUUAGUCAUUACAGAGGUGGUUCACCAUCAAGAAAGACUACUCUACGAGCUGGUAUAAAUUCUUUAUUAAAAUCAUCAACUGUUGGUACUAAGAAACCUGGUGUAAUGUUUAAUAUACCUAAUAAGAAUAGAAAUCUAGGUCCUAAAACUAGUGUCAUAUUACCAGGUAAACUUCAGAGUAAAAGAGAAAGAGUGAGUAGACCAGUUCAGCCUGUUGUAUCAGACACACAUUUUGCUGAUCCUACUUUAGCCUCUAAUCUAAAAGCUGUGAAUGCAGCUGUUAAUCCACUUUUAGAACAAAGACCAUCUUCAGCACCUUCCUCACCAGAAAGACAUAAACAGUUAGGAUUUAGUCCAAGUAGACAUCAUAAAGCACCAUGGAUUCCCCCAGGUUCACCUACAAGUUGUGGAAGAUCACCCUCAGGAGAGAGAAGAAGUAGGUCAGAAAGUCCUAGUUCGUCUAGGAGAUACCUUAUUGAAGAUAUUAACAAUAGUUUUAUAAGACGAUUAUUUCCAGAUAAACCUAGACAACAGAUUCUGACUAGAAAUUAUGAAGAGAGAAAACAUUCACAACAUGUUCCCCGUCCAAGAUCAGUUUCACCUCGACCAUGGGCAGACUCACCUCUACUUAGAUCCAGAUCUCCCAGUCCCACCUUAAGGAGAAGAAGAAGAGCAUUAUCAGAUUCAUUGAUAGAAGAUAUUGCUGAUGAGGUCAGAAGAAAACUCAAUCUAAAUACACAGAAAGAUAACAACAUGUUUACAUCUUAUCCAUUAGCAUCUAAGGCUAAUAAGAUGUUACGUCGAAGUGAAGAAGAUUUAACUGAUGUUAUAGUAGAUGAUGUAUUGAGAGAUACGGUUCAUAAUUUAAACCAUAUACAAUCUAGAGAUAAAAUACAUCAACAUGCUAUAGCUAUACAGGAUUCACCCACCUUAAAUAAUCUUAUAUAUAGAUUACAACAGAUGGAGGACGAACAAGAAGACAUCAGAAGAAGAUGGCAGUGUGUAGACUUUGAUGAUCCUAGACCAAAAACUAGACAUUUCACAUCAAAUGAGAUAGCCUCAGAAAGACCUCGUUCACCAACAGGUAUUCAAAUAUCAUAUCAUAGACAAAAACCUCAAUCUUCUUCAUCACAGUUUCGUAAAUCAAGUGCUUUUUCCAAGGAAGUUUUACCCGAACCUAUAUUAUACACUAAACCUAAAUCUUCUCAACUGGUAAGACAAGAGAAGGUAUAUCAACAAGCAAGCAGUGAUUCUGUAGAGGAUAUCUUAACUGUACCACCUUAUGUUAGAUCUUCAAAACAGUUGUCCAUACCUCAAACUAUUGUUAAUAAAAUAGAGGACAAUAGAGAAGAUUUUCAACUUCAUCUGAAGAAGAUAUCACAUCAUCCUAUGGGGAAGUUUAAUCCUUGGAAACUUGUUGAAGAAAUAACAGAUCAGAUAAUGGAUGAAUGUUUAAUAGAAAUAGCUGGAGAAUUAGAUGAGAUGAAUGAAGAUAUGGCUAAUCACAUGUAUAAAUCAGAAUUUUUAUUAUCCAAUGGCCAGUCUCCCUCAUCCCCUGUCAUUAGAAAUAUCAACCAGUCUGAAGAUGUCUUAUCAGAACAAGUUAGUUAUGGAGAAUGGGAAAAGAGUGAAGAUGAACAGACUAAUUCCGAAGAUUAUUGA